UUUUAAGCUGUUCAUGGAGUUUAUUGCAAUUUAUCUUUGGACUGUCUUAGAAACGAGAGCAAUAUACGUUGCCAGACACGUUGUUUAUCGAUACUUAUUAACUGAUGCGAGGAUCAGUUUUACCAACGCAAAAUCCUCAGAGUUAAUUUUAAAGCAGUGGGUGAAAAGAUCGCUACAGAUGGAUAAAGACAAGAUGGGGAAAGACAAGAAUGAGAAAGACAAGCCACAACAGGAAUCUCUUGUGAAGAUAUUAAGACGCAGGUCCACGAGAAUACGCUGGAAAGAUGAUCAGUCGUCAAGCGAUGACUCGGAUGAUGAAAUGGAAGAGAACUUUUCAAGAGAUUUUCCAGAAAGCGAGGACAGCGCCUUGUCAUUAACCAUGGCAGACUCUACAAUAAAAUCCAUUAUUUCGUUACCAGACGAAAAAAUUGAUAUGCUUGCUGCCACAAGUGUACUCCAGCAACAGGCUACAGAAAUUAGAAAUCAGCGUGUGAAUUGGCAGUCAUACCUACAAUCACAAAUGAUUUCUCAAGAGGACUAUAGUUUUAUAGUGGCAUUUGAUAAUGCUGAUGCUCAGGCUCGUGAGAAGCUACUGAAAGACAAUAGGAAUCAGGCUGCCAAGACAUUUUUGAACCUCCUGGGGCAUGUGUCAAAAGAUCAGACAAUUCAGUAUAUUUUAAUAAUGAUUGAUGACAUGUUGCAGGAAGAUCGAAAACGUGUUGAAAUAUUCCAUGAGCAUUGUGCCAAAAAGAAGGAAUCAGUGUGGGGGCCUUUCCUGAAUCUUCUCAACAGGCCUGAUGGUUUCAUAGUAAAUAUGACAUCAAGAAUUAUAGCAAAGAUUGCUUGCUGGAGCCAAGACUUAAUGGACAAGUCUGACUUGCAGUUCUAUCUUGCAUGGUUGAAGGACCAGCUAAAACAGAACAACAAUGAGUAUAUGCAGUCAGUUGCUCGCUGUCUGCAAAUGAUGUUACGUAUUGAUGAGUACAGAUUUGCAUUUGUGUCUGUGGAUGGCAUUUCUACUCUUAUUGAUGUGCUCCAAGGAAGAGUAAACUUUCAAGUCCAGUACCAACUCAUCUUUUGUCUAUGGGUACUUACUUUCAACCCACUACUUGCUGAAAAAAUGAAUAAAUUCAAUGUAAUUCCUAUUUUGGCUGAUAUACUGAGUGACUCAGUAAAGGAAAAAGUCACAAGAAUUAUACUGGCUGUUUUCAGGAAUCUUAUUGAAACGCCAGAAGACAGCCAAGUUUCAAAGGAACAUUGUAUUGCUAUGGUACAGUGUAAAGUGCUUAAGCAGUUGAGUAUCCUGGAACAAAGAAAACUUGAUGACGAAGAUAUAGUUGCUGACAUUGAAUUCCUCAAUGAGAAGCUUCAAGCAUCUGUUCAAGAUCUGAGUUCAUUUGAUGAGUAUGCCACAGAGGUGAAAUCAGGUCGGUUGGAGUGGAGUCCUGUCCAUAAAUCAGCAAAAUUUUGGCGUGAAAAUGCAGGCAGGCUCAAUGAAAAAAAUUAUGAAUUGCUUCGCAUAUUAAUUCAUCUGCUGGAAACCAGCAAAGAUCCAUUAGUGUUGAGUGUUGCUAGCUUUGACAUUGGUGAAUACGUGAGACACUACCCAAGAGGAAAACAUGUAAUUGAACAGUUGGGUGGUAAACAGUUGGUGAUGCAGUUACUUGGGCAUGAGGACCCAAAUGUUCGUUAUGAAGCUCUGCUCGCAGUACAGAAAUUGAUGGUUCAUAAUUGGGAAUACCUUGGAAGACAACUUGAGAAAGAACAGACACAAGGCACAAAGCCAACUACAAGCACUGCAUCAUUGUCAGUAAAAUCGUAGAACUAGUACAUUUUUAUACAUUUAAAUGCCUUGGAUGUGCUGAUUACUAUUCAGGUGAUUGGGAUUUAAGGAAAGAAAUUUGAAUGUGGUGUUUAGAUUAUGGUGUAUUCAGUAUUAAUGCUCAGAAAUCUAGGCUAAAGAGCAUAUUGCAGUGUCUGAAUUUGUGUUGAACCUUAUUUACAUUCCAUUGGAAAUGUAAAGUAUUGUAUUAUAACAGCUAUUACACAGAUUUUUUAAAUUAUAUAUUGUAUAAUUUUAACUAAAGUUACAAAUAAAUAUGUAAAUAAAGCAUGUAGAUAUUGAAAUAUAAAAAUAAAUGUUGACAUAAAUAAAUCUCACUUGCCACAGGAAACAAAAUAUUUUGUAAUGAGUGGUUCUAUGUAGUAGAGAAAUGUUUUUUUAUGGUGUAAUCGUUGAGUUUGUCAUCAUUUGUGUAUAAAACAUUGCUGCACAAAGGAAAAAUAAAACAAUUGUUUCAUGAACAUAA